ACUCCAGCCAGUCCUUAUAAAUACGUUCUGCCACAAGCUGUUUAUAUCUCCUGGCUGUUCCUCUACACUAUGAGCUUGUCACUUUGUCACUGAAAACAAUCACAUACCAUCCACCACUUCCAAAAUGUCUACCAAAGACUCUCUCGACUCACUCCAAAAGUUUCACCUAUGCAAAAGACAAUGGCAUGAUGGAUAUAUAGCCUUGUGUGUCUUAUUACCCCUACUACUUGUCGCUGUGUUAUUUGCUCUUUUCUACUACCUCAAGAAAACCAAAUCAAUCAAAUCAAAUACCUUAAGUACUUCAAACAAGAAUGAUUUGGAAAAUGCUUUACCAAAUGUUUCAAACCACGACGAUCCUAUCCUAAAGGAUACCAAAAGCACUCAGAAUCACACCCUUCAUGCCUCUAAUAAUGACAAAUCAAACCCUUCAGUUUCUUCAAAAUCAAAAGAUUCUCCAAUAACUGAAAAACAUAUUUCAUCCCCCUCAAAUAGCGAUAAUAAUGACAACUACGAUAAUGAAAAAAAUAUCAAUCCUCGUUCUAAUUCUAAUCCUAAUCCUAAUUCUGAAAAUGACACUUCUACACAUUCUCACAUUAAUACCCAAAGUCUAAUUCAAAAUAAAUCAACUAUUCAACCUGCAUCCUCCCCCAAAUCUUCUUCGAAAAGUCUCUCGAACCAAUUAAAUAAUGACAAUAAUAAUGACAAUAAUAAUAAUAAUAAUAAUAAUAAUAAUAAUAAUAAUAAUAAAUUAGAAGACCCCUAUUCUGAAAUCCCUAAAACUCCUUUAGUCAUCUCAACUCAUCAAUCAUUCGACAAACUAAACUCUGCUCCAAACUCUCCUAUCGAAUUCACCCCUGUAUCUCCUCUCUCAAUUAAAAAACCCUUCUCUGUUCAGAAAUCCUCGACCUCUUUAUCAAACAAAUAUGACAACAAUAUUAGACACUUAACCUUGGACCCUUCAAAGUCAAAUCUCAAUUUAUCUUUAGACCCCUUUGCUUCUCCUGUUCACUCAAAAUCCCCAGUAUCUUUAUCAACUCCUUUCUCUAACAACACUGCCACAGCUCUCUUUUCACCAAAUGACAUUGCCAACUCAAAAACAAACAACAGUAACUCAGCUUCAAUCAAAGACUUUGAUCAACCAAUCUUAUUCCAAAAUGGAACCCUCAACGAUAACCAAAGAAUUCCUCUACCAAAGAGAUCAAAAUCUUCAAUCUUGAGCGCAACAAGAAUAAGCUGGGUCAAUAAGUCAAAAAAAUUCUUCAACUCGAACAGCAAAAGCUCCUCAAAAUCUUCCCUAAUCCAUAAGGAUAAACACUCUUCAAACCAUUCCUCAAUUGAUUUGGAUUUUCUUAAUACCAAACUUGACAACUCAAACAAUUCCCCAAAUAACGAAAAUCACUCUACUCAAAACUCCCUAAAUGUCUACAUUUCUUCUUCUCCUCUCUUGCCUGCCUCAAAUAUAAUUUCUUCCGAUUUCAAUUACAGCAAUAAAGGUUUAAACUCAGUCCCUCUCUCAAAUCAUCCUUCCCUUGAUAACUUUAAUUUAUCCAACAACAAUAAUUCAAACUCAAUUCCAAUUUUAAAUAAUAGCAAUAAUAACAACAAAUUUAAUAAAAAUAUCGAAGAUAAUUACAAUUACGAUUCCGAAAUCGAUAAACCAAUGGACCCAGAAAUGCAAGAUUUGAUUGACAAAAUCAAUAGCAUUAAUGUAAAUAUUACAAGGGAUGAUACAAUAAUCCUCAGCGACUUUCAAUCAAAUAACAAAAACAAUUCCAAUCCCAAUACCAAUCCCAACACCUUUCAUGAUAACAACUCCUCUGUUUAUCUGAAUGGUAAUCACAAUAAUGAUGUUCAAACAUUAAAUUCGGAAAAAACUGUCACUUCUUCUUUAGCUACGACAUCAAGGCGGAAUCCUGACACUACACUUGAUCUUCUAGACAUAAAUCAAAUUUUAAAUCAAGACAAGAAAAGUGAUAAAGAAAAGGAAAUCAAUCAACUACAACCAACCAAGGAAUCUACCAUUAAUCUUGCUAAUAAUCCAGCCUCCAUUUCUUCUGUUCCUUCAAAUUUAGUUCAAAGAAAAGUCUCUCCCUCAAAUAUCUCUCCUAGAGACUCAAUUAGUGGUCCUUCUUCCUCAUCAAAUUUAUAUCUAAAUGACAAUAUCAACAAACCCUCAACUUCAAAGCCACCGGCCAUUAAAAAUUCAUCAUUGAGACCAGAAAGUGUCAAUCUCUCAAAAGAUGAUGUUAGUUUACAAGAUCCUUAUUCUAUUCCUCAGUCGAGAAAUUCAGUUAUAACCUUUAGAAGUGCAUUUACUGGAGUUGAAUCAUCAGCUCCAUCACAAUAUGGUGCUGAGUCAUUUAUAACGGCAGAAACAAAUUUUUCCAAUUCAGAGGAUUCUCUGAGCAGAUUUAGAUAACUUUAUUUUAAUCCAAUUUAAAACUUUUGUUAAUUUCUUUUUAUUUUUUAUUUUUUCUUUCUAGUUCACUGUUAUAAUUAUUUGAGACUUAAUCAUUGUUCAGUGUAUUUUUUGUUUAUUAAUCUUUUAUUAUUUUGGUUCUGAUUGAAAUUUUAUCUUUUUUUGUAUUAUGUUUUAACCAAAUGAUUAUAAUUUUAUUAUUAUUUUGCUUUUUUAAUUUUCUUUUCAUUCUAAUUAUUUCAACCUGAUUUAUUUCCUUAAUUCUUUUUUUUUAAUAUUUUGUGCUUAAACUUUUUUUGUAAUGAACUAAUACUUU